AUGGGUGCUUUAUUAGCCCUUGUCGCCCCUCUGCCCUACAAAGCUCUAGAUCCCCGUCUUCUCCAGUCACUUAAUCACCAACCCGUCGCCUGGGACCUGAUCAUGGCAGAAAAUGUGCCAGAAACCGAUCCAGCCAUCGUGUCUCGGGAAAGCGAGCCUCUACUUGGUCAACCUGGCGAUGUCACACAGCGCGGGGAGCGCAUCGCCCCCAACCUCAUCACUGGUAUCAGAUCCGUAGAAAGACUUGAACAUCAUGAUGCUGACGAGGCCAUAGGAACGGCAACUCUUGCCCAGCUAGCUAUCUGGAUCUGGGCGAUCUUCGUCUGGGUGAACUUGUUGUCUGAUCCGAUAAUGUUGUUCACAUUCCACCCUAUCCUAGCCAUCACAGCGCUCCUCCUCCAGAUUCAAGCCGCACUGGCCCUCCAGCCUACCGCAACACCGACACAGAAACACCUCGGCACUCGAGUCCACUAUUGGAUCAAUCUGUCCAGUGUUCUAUUAUUCCUCGCAGCUUUCACUGUCAUUGAAGUUAACAAAGGCAGCCAUCCACAUUUUGUGUCCACGCACGGCAUCCUCGGCCUCCUCACUGUGAUUUUCGUCGUGCUCCAGGCUUCCUUUGGAGUUGUUCAGUAUUUCUUGCCUGAAGUUCUCCUCGGCAGCGUCGACAAGGGCAAAAGGCUAUACAAAUAUCAUCGUUGGACUGGAUAUUUGGGCUUGGUCGCGUUCGCGAUCCCCGCUGCAGUCAAAGGGACGCAGCAAUGGUUAGAUCCCCCGACCUGGACAUUCGUCGUUGGUGUCCUUGCGAUCGUUCUUGGGGUGGGAUCCAGGAUCAAGAAACAUAAGCUUGGGCUAUGA